UCGGAAAUAGUCAUAUGACGUCUGGCCUCGUCGUUACUUUUAGCAUCAUGUCUUUAAUUAGCUAACGGUUCCUUAUUUUUGGGAUUGAAGCUCAAUAAAAAAAGCACUACACAGUUUGCAAAUGUUUCUCGACUUAGAUUUUAAGACUUUGUAGAGGACAAUCCCAGUCUUUGGAUGGAGUCAUUUUCCACCUUCUCGCUAUUUUCUAUAAUCAUACAAAGGGUCAUCAGGUUUCAGGAUUCAGGUCAUAGUGCAACAAAGUUGCAGAAGAAUGGUCAAAUAUUUUUGUAGCUCCACAGACAUAAAGAGCACAUGGGACCAUGUUGUCUCUGCCUUUUGGCAGAGAUACCCUAAUCCUUUCAGCACCCAUGUUCUCACUGAGGACGUUGUGUACCGGGAGGUGACCACGGACCGCCGGCUCCUCUCCAGACGCCUGCUGAUGAAGACCAACCGGCUGCCCCGCUGGGCAGAGCGCUUCUUCCCUGCCGGCAUGUCUCGCUACGUCUACAUCCUGGAGGACUCCAUUCUGGACCCGGUCAACAGAAGCUUGACCACCUAUACGUGGAACCUAAAUCACACAACUCUCUUGUCCGUGGAGGAGCGUUGUGUUUUCCUAGAUUCAGCGGAGCAGCCAGCAACCACACAGCUAAAACGGGAAGCGUGGAUAUCUUCAAGCAUUUUUGGCUUCUCCAAACCCAUUCAGGAGUUUGGAUUGGCCCGCUUCAAGAGCAACCAGGUGAAGGCCAUGAAGGGGCUGGAAUACGCUCUGUCCAAUCUGCAGGGAGAGGCGCCGCAACGGCUGCUCCGGGACUCAGUGAGACUCCCGCCAGAGAAGGCCAAGACUCUGGCUUCCGCUGCCGCCGCUCCGCAGAAACCCCAGCAGUACGUCUGACGGCCGGGAGCGGGAGGCUCAGGGCCGACGUCUGAGAUGAGAGCAAACUGUGACUGACUUGGUUCUCUUCAUCAUGUCUGUUUUUUUUUGUUUUUUUUGUUUGUUUGUUUUCCCUUUCUGUUCGUUUUGUUAAAUCUCAGGUGUUUGUAUGAAAGCCGUCUGCCUUUCAGUGCUAGAAAGUGUCAGCCAGGUGUAAAUACUGAGUCCAGAUAACUUCACAUUUUAAGUUCUGCCAGUAGAGAGAGACAGUGUUGAUUUUAUUUUUACUUUUUAGAGCUAAUAUAUAGAGCUAAUAUAUGCAUCAGUUAUUUGUGACAUGAUCAUUAGAAAGCAUAAAAUGCCUAUGCUGACACUGGCAAUCACAACAGACUGGCUUCUAUCAGAAUGAGCAACAUUUUCACUGAUUUACUGUAACGCGAUCAAGCUGUAACUGAAUGACUGUUUCUGAGGUGCAAUAAUGAAACCGAAUCAACUUUAAUUUAAAGCUCGUGCUAAGAUCAUUCUGAUUUCAGCGACUGCAUUCCUUUCAAGUUUGAAUUUGACUGGAUUUUUAUUUGUCGUCUAAACCUUGGAUUAAAGAUACAAUAUGA